UCGAGCAUUGUGCCACUGUCUGUUUCUUUCUCCUGGGGCUAAAACCGUGCUCUCUGCAUAUGAACAAACAGUACAACAGCUCCUCUCUUCAACUAUGAGGAUUUAAACUUGUGUCUGUUAAAAGACCUCCAUGAAAUUCAAGGUAAGCGCGUAAAUUAUUUAACCAUUAACAAAUCACAAUGGCUCCAUGUGGUUUGCUAUAUCCACUGUCCUUAGUCUCCUUUGAAAGAAAAAUGCAAUUCACUGCGAGUCAAGAGCUCUCCUUUACAAGAAGCACAUUUUUCAAGCUAGCAGAGACUGAGAGCCAAAGUAAUGUGUGGAGCAUCAAGCCUCCAGAUUUCUCUCUGAAACUGUAUAGAUGCAUGUCUGGUUCUCAAAAGAAAGAAGGAAAGACGAAGACAAAACUAACUGUACCUCAGUGUGGUGAAACAAAGAGGAGAACUGGAAUUUUCCUACCAAAUGUUGUGCAUGUGAAUCCCGAGAGGAAAGACCCUCCGAAGUUCAUCACAUCGUACAGAGCACUGGAUGCUCUGGAGUCUGAACUGAUGUUUGUAAAGACGGGGAAAUAUAAUUCUGGACCUUACAAAAACCCUAAACCUCACAACUUCAGACCAGUUGAUGAGGACCUUCCAGAUAUAAUAACUGCAUAUGAGAGAGACCCUGGCAGCCUGCAUUUAAAAUUAGCAAGCUUGGACACAUUGUGGCCCACCAGAUCUGAGACAGACUUUAAUUGCAGAGCUACCAAGACACAAAUGAACACCUAUAAACCUCCAGAGCCUAAAUGGGAUCCAGAGCUCAUCCUCCCCCCGCUGCCUUGGCCUCCAAAAUCAGCUUCCUUUACGAGACACCGACGAAGAAGAGGAGCAUACAGUGCGUUCUUGGACCGUGUGGAAGAGAAACUCUGUAGACAGUGGGAAAAUAAAUCAUGACUCUUCUUUUCCUCUUAAUCUUUUUAGAGUAAUAAUUAAGUGAUCAACUUCACUGUAUGUUAUAAAUUGCUAAAUUGGUCUAUUCAUCAUUCAAGUUUUAUUGUUUUUUCUUAACUUAGUUAUAGGCAACCAUCUUUUUUUUCUGUAUUUUUUUUUCCAGUUUGUACCAUCAAGCCUCUGGACAAAACUGUAAAUGAAUACCAGUUUAUUAAAAUUUGUAAAUGUUUACGCCACUAGUACUGCAGGUAAAAGUAGGGCUGUGCAGAUUCAAGUACUGUUGACUAAGUACUCACAAUAUUGUCUUCCUUCUCCAGUACCACCCAGUACUACUUCACAUUAACCUCACACUGGUUGAGAGGUACAUUUCAGUGAUGAUGACAAGCUCUGCACUGCUAAAUAGUGCUCCAUAGUAGCUACUUCUGGCAAACUUUGUUGCAUAGAAAAAGUUAUGUGACACAGCUGUAUCACUUCUACAGCCUGAAUUAGCAUGAAACUCUCAAAAUGUCUUUUUCUUAGAUAAAAAGUGAACAUAAACUUGUGUCAAGUUUGGGGGGGGGGAAAUUUGAUUCCCAUGAAGCAUCUGAUUUCUGACCUUAAAAUUCCACUGUAUGACCCUCAAAUGGCAGGCAAAAGCUAAAAGGCAUCUAAUGUGGCAAAUUGAUUUGAAUUAUGGAGUCAUUUUGAAUCUUUCUAAGCCCAGUAGGAGAUUUCCAGCCCUCACGAUAUUACAGAAGCUGUCUUACCCAGAGUACAUCACCUUGUGAAAAAGGACAUUAACAGGCUAAUGCAGUGGAAUUUGUUCUACGGCUUCAUCACUGGCUGAUAAUUGACUGAGGAUUCGGGUCUCAUCACUUUCACUGCAGUGGUUUGAUGUGGAUUUAAGUCUGACAUGUUGUAUUAGAGCCAUUGUACUAUUAUGUGAAAACAAAUUUUAAUCAUAAAAACACUGCAUUGUUAUUAGGUGGCAAAAUGUACAGUAAGUAGUUGUACUUGGGCGGAGAAAGCAGCUAUAAGCACAUAAGUAAUCUAAAAGUGAAUAAACAGAACUAGCAUGUUUAGAGAUUCUUCCGGCCUGGUAUAGCUAAGGACAUGGAGGGUUUGUAGUGUCAUGAAGCCCACUGGUCCACUGACAGCUGCUCAUUCAUCGAACCAGGAAUUAAGCCUGCACAUGUUCGAAGCAUAUCUGACAUAGCUGCACAUACGCCCUGAAUGAGUCAUCUGUGACGCUGUCCAUAACUCACAGACCAAAUAUAAAAUGAAAGAAAUGUCAAUCACCGCAUUAAACCACAUAAGCUGCAGGCUGCCAUGUGGUUUCCUCAUUUAAAUCCCUUGUUAUUCUUUCGAGUACGGAACAACGUAAUAAAAAAAUAUAACAUCUUGUGGGAAAAGCAAUGCUAAUGGGGUUUUUAUGCAACAGUGUCAUCAUUCAUUGCAGUACUGUGCAAAAGUUUACAGCAAAUUGAAAAAGUUGGAUUGGGAAUACAGAAUUAGCAGCUAAUGCCACAACAACAACUAUUUAAAAAACAUCCUUGAAACACAACAAGGAUGUUUCCUCCUUCACAAUAGACCUCUGGGGGGGGUGACUCUAUGCAACAGCAAGCAAGAUCAGUCUGGAUACUGUAAAGGCAGCGAGUUGACUUUAAUUGACAAAACUUAUACAUUUUCACGUUAUUUAUGACCAUUUAGAAAACAAAAACAUGUAUUAUUCUUGAGUAAAUGGAGUGACGCUAUGCAAGAAAAACCCUGACAACAAAACGUGAAAAAUAUGCCACUCUACAGACUGACUGAAUGAUUAAUACGUAAAAAAUGUGUCAUGAAUUGGACAUUAUUUUAAAGGUGAAUGAAUAGAAAAUGCUGUAAACUGUCA